UGCGCUUUAUCUCACUCGCGCCAAAUAGGAAAUUGCGUUUUGGAGGUUACAAUCGCGUGUGGCGACUGACAUUACCCUCAUGGCUUUAAAACCUUAUUUAAAUGCUGUUAGACAUACCUUAAAUGCAGCAUUAUGUGUACAGAAUUUUUCUUCUCAAGUUGUUGAACGUCAUAACAAACCGGAGGUGGAAGUUAAAACCUCUAAAGAACUCUUACUAAACCCUGUUAUUAUUAGUCGAAAUGAAAAAGAGCGUGUACUAAUUGAAGGGUCAAUCAAUUCUGUCCGUGUCAGUAUUGCUAUCAAACAAUCUGAUGAAAUUGAAAAGCUACUUUGCAGGAAAUUUACGCGUUUCCUAAUGACUCGUGCAGAAGAUUUUGUAAUACUUAGGCGUAAACCUGUUCCUGGUUAUGAUAUCAGUUUUCUUAUAACAAAUUUUCAUACUGAACAAAUGUCCAAGGCGAAAUUGGUGGAUUUUGUUAUCACCUUUAUGGAUGAGAUUGAUAAGGAGAUUUCAGAGAUGCGUUUAGCAGUCAAUUCUCGUGCUCGUCAGUGUGCUGAAGAAUUUUUGAAGGCGUUUGAUUGAUUAAUUGACAACUAACUUUGUUACAAUAUGGCCGAUGAAUGAUUUCACAUCGAAGCAGAAAAUAUCUGUAAAAUGGAUUUUUUUUUCUUUCUCUCUCUCUAAUCUUAUCUUUUAUUUAUAACAGUGAUCUGUCGAAAAAUGGGGUAUUUUUGUGCUUAUAUUUUGCUUUUGUACUUCUUGGCAUAACUGUUCACACCAGGUGACGAUUACUAUUCAAUUUAGAGAAACGAGAUUGUGUUAUCUCAGUUAUAUAAUACAGUUGCAUUGUCGUUUAAA